AUGAUCAAUUUGUUCUACAAGUGCAAUGCUCCUUGUUAUAAUGUCGGAGUCUUCGGUAAAUGCACGAACGGAGGAGCUCCAAAUCCGCGAGACUGCAAUUUAUGCCUCUGUCCGAGUGGCUACGGUGGAAGGCUGUGUGGGCAACGGAAGGCAGGAUGUGGAGGCACAUUUGCGGCUACCACCGCUUGGAAAGCGAGAAGUAUUACAAUUGGUAAUAAAAACAUAACGACUAUACGCGAAACUUACACGCAGUGCAACGACUGGAUUACGGCACCAAAAGGUAAAACAAUCCAAAUUCGAGUGACAGCCCUGAAGGACGUGAGCUGUGGCGACGGCUGCAUAUACAACUCAAUCGAACCGAAGGUCAUCGCAGAUAAGGCCAUGACUAGCCCUAGGUAA